UACGGAAACUGUAGUUUAGCCGAAAUUGGUAAAAUGGAAGAAUUUUUUAAGAAAAUUUCGGAAAAAUUUUUUCUUUCAGAUGAUGUAAAUUUUCUUUCUCGAUUUCUUUGUCCAGAAGAUGAAAUUCAGGAUGAGAAUAUUCCUUGGACAUGGGAUUCAUUAUUUGCAAGUGUAACAAGCGAAUUAAGAGAAGAAUGGGCAUUGGAAGAGGAAGCAGCAAAUAGCGGAGGGGGAGGUGUUAAUGAUCAAAUGCCUGGUGGAGGGAUACCUACAAAUAAUUUACAACAAAAGGGAUAUUAAAUUCUUUUCAUCAAAAAAUUUAAAAUUAAAAAAUAUUGGUUACAGAAAUCGUUAUUUUUAUAU